AAGACUUGAAAAAGAUCAUGGACUUCCACAAACGCCUGGCCAUAUAAGGUCCGGUAGAAUGAAGUCUGUCAAGCAGUUCCUGCAUUCCUUCGGAGCGAAUGGUAAGGGUCCAGAUAGGCUCAAGAUUUCCACUGAAGAUGGCCCGAUUACUACUCUCGACGUGCGACCAGACAUCCUGGUCUCAACUAAGAAGGAUUUUCCAAUCAAGAAUAGCUGCCGAUCGGAGGCUCCCGACAUCAAGAUGGCCACAAAUGCCAGCGGUAAGCCAUUUCCUGUGAUCUGCAACGUACGAUCAACGGAUCUCAAGACUUCCAAGCCAGCUACAAGGAACGAACCUUCUCCGCCUCGUUCUAGCGGCGUUCGAACUUUCAGAAAAUGCACUUCGAGCAUCAGUGCCGGUGUCGCCGCAAGUGAAAGUCAGGAAAGAACGUCCGUUCAAGUCACGAGACGCCAGCCACUCGCUCUGCGAGUGUCUUCCGUCCCUUCUAGACAGGAUGAGACGUGUUUGGGUCGUUCCCUGGUUCCACCCCCUGUGGUAACUGCUGCACUUACGAAGAGGCGUGUUAAUGAAUCCACGGUUGAACCGGAAAAGAGCGCAACCCAGGACGGCUGCACGAAGAGCCAAAGUACCUACUCCGGUGUUAGGACGUUGAAGAGGGCCACUACCGAGCGCACAGCGCUGAACGAAUGUGCGACGCGGGGAAACCACAACGUAAGUGGCCUGCCGCAGCAGGAUGGCCUUGCCCUAACGAGGAUCCCGAGGUUUACAGCUGCUCCUCCACCAGCAGUACCGCCACGCGUGCAAAGGCCAGUGGCUCAAAAGCCAGCUACUGUUCGACGCAGUACGAGCGACAUUUCGCAGAAUGGAGGCGCGUCAAACGGUGUUGUUCACGCCAGUGAGAGACACGACGGACGCCCUGCGACCGGCGUCGCAGGACUGGCCAAGGUUUCCCUGAAGCCAGCUGCCAGUUUCACCGCUCCCAAGACAAACGAUUGCGCUGUAACUGAGGCGCAGCAAACGCCACCUUGCGUCGAAGAGGGAGGCAGUGAGUCAAGCAGCUCGCAAGCGGAAAGAACGAGUGCGAUUGAAUCGGAAGAAGUAUCACCUGCGCCGCCGAAGACCACGGGAGGCAAAGGCAAGUCGAAGAGCCGCUGCCAAAGGCGCAUCUGGAGCUUCAGUCUUCCGCGCUUUAUGCGCUCUCAUUCCUCGCCCAAGCUGAACACUGACUCCAUUCCUAGCGAAGAAUCGCGAAGCUCCACUCUGCCCAGACUGAAGUCAGCUGACGAUACUGACCUCUCUGUAGCAGCAAAGGGCAGCGACGCGCACCUUUUCAAGAUCACGUCCCUCACUUCGCUUCACGACCUGCCGGGAGACGCUGCUCCCAAGACAUGCUUCAGCCAGGGCGACCUCAACCAGGUGACGACCUCGACAAAAACUACUCAGUGCCAACGUAUCGUCAUUCGGCAACAGGACGAAGAUUUUCACUUGGUCAACGGGACUUCGCAGGACACAAAGAAGUCGUGCUCGCUAGCCGAAAGCCACUCCAGUUCUGACAACGGAACGGAUAACAGCGGCACCGAAAGGCCUUACGUAAUGCCUCCGAGAGCUCUCAGGAAGUACAUCAAAACCAACUUCCGCAGGCUGAACAUGCACGAUGCGGAGGAAGCUGACACGGCAAGAAAGGAAGACGAUGCGGUACUCAAGGUUAUUGUCAAGGAGGAUCCAAUUCCGCAACAGGCGUUAUCGGCGACGUCCGAAAAUGACGUCGAAUCCCUCCCCAGCAGGUCCUCGCUGUCCUCUUGUUCAGACAGUGCGAGAGCUCAUCCAAACGACAAUACAGAGAAAGAGCGUGACACCCAAGUACCAGAAGUUUCUAUCAGUGCUCUACCAGAAGUCACAGAACAGAUCGUCACCGAUCACUCUCAUACAGCUAGUUACACCAAAGAAAGCAGCGAUGAUUGCUCAUCGGAGGCACAUCCUUCAUCGCUCAGCGCUCAUCGGCUCUCACCGCCAAUGACCUGUUUCGACGUGGAUGCAGAAGUCUUCUCCGAACACGCGGACAUACACAGGGCCAUACCUGCAACGGUAAGGUUAAUCACUUCUGCCAACGCAGCACCAUCCGCAUUGGAUUCUUCCGGUCAUGGAGCCACGCCUACUCCUCGGGUAUCGGACACGGACACUGCCGGCGCAGGUUGCGAGCCUCUCGUGAGAGUGCUGGAAUCUUCCGCGGGAACGGCGUGCUCGCAAUCACUCGACGUGAGUGACAGCAGCACGCAACGUCCACUCGCUGACCUUGCGGCUUCAGGUAACGGUGAUGGCGUCGGCGUUUCGACGACGGACGGCGCGCUCCUUCUGAAUGGCGCCCCGGCCGUUCUUGAGGAACUGGAGAGGCAGGUGGACGGCGCGAGCUGUAGCGAGAGCCUCUCCUCGUUCGAGUCGGAGGUGGUGCUGCCAGACAAGCAGGAGAGGAAGGCGCAUGGGGGCCACACCAGAAAACUCAGGGUGCUGAACAGGCCCACGUGCGGCUCGGGCGCUGCUGUGGCUCGUAGUAAGUGCGCCGGAGGAGCAUCGACGGGCUCGGGCUGUUGCUGCUGCUCGGGUGCAUCGGCCUGCAGCAGCUCUCGGUCGUCUCGAGCCGCGGCCAACAACAGCAAGAGGCACUCGUGCGGCGAGCGCGUCCGACAGCUGGAGGACGACGUGUGGCAGGCCGAGCGAGAACUGCUGCUCCUCAAGGAAAAGUUACUCAGGGGCCAUGGCAGGCAUAGCUCCAGACCACCGGACAAGUCGAAGAGUGACCGUGACAAGAGUGGCAGCGGUCAUCGCUCGAACGGAACCGUGAAGGUUACUACGGAGUCAACGGAAGUUCAGUGUGACGCUUCUUCAAAUCCAGAAUCUAGUCCCUUUCUUCACGUUCAAGAUGAAUUGCUCUCAAAGGUACCAGGCGCUGAAAGCGAUGCCGCGAGACGGGUGCACGAAGAAAAUUUGCUGCUUCAGCAGGAACUCAAGGAGAAGUGUGACCUGCUCUCUAAGCUUGAGGAGGAACUGGACCAUCGUGACGACGCGACGACCGCGCUUGAGGUGCUGGAACGGACGGCAACGCCCCUGUCGCUUAACCACCGCCCGCAGGUACGUGAACGCAUGCAUGCCUUGCGCAAUGAAUUUUGCUUUUCCCGGGCUAUGCGGUUGCUGGGUUUGAUAUACGUGGACCACAGCACCCACAGUUUAAGAUAGCGGCGCAUCUUGUAAGUACCGCC